AUUCCUUUUUCAUUAUUUCGAAACCUUUUAAGAACUGCAAACUUUUCUUAACGAUCGUAGUUCACGAAUUAUAAACUAUAACCGUCCGCACCAGUUCAUCGCCCCGCGUAUUAUUUCUUAAUCUUAUUUUUUUUUAUCUUUUCCUCAUUCUUCAAAGGGCGACGCCCACUUUACUGCUUACCAUUCAAAUUAAAAAAGGGGGCGGCUCUGAUUGCAGCGGGCUGCACGGAACAGCAGUAACUUUACAUUUUGGGGAACUACUGUAGAGACUACCUUCACCAUGGCAGAGCUAACACAAAUUCUGGACAGCCCACAGUUCAAGGCAUUUGCAUCUUACACCACCAUUGUGUUACUAAAGAUGUUGCUUAUGGGCCCUCUUACCUCCUAUUUUAGGCUAACUAGGAAGGUGUUCUGUAAUCCUGAAGAUGUAUCCAGCACCUUGGGUUUAUCAGGAAAAUCAAAAGAGGAAAAAAAGAAAUAUAUUCGAACGGAUCCUGAUGUUGAACGAGUACGAAGGUGCCACCAGAAUGACCUAGAGAACAUUGUCCCAUUUGUUGGGAUUGGUUUGCUAUACACACUGACAGGACCUGACCUUGGUAUGGCUCUGCUUCAUUUCCGCAUCUUUGUGAUUUCCAGAUGUUUUCACACUGUUGCAUAUCUGGUUCCCUUACCACAGCCUUCUCGUGCAUUGUCUUGGAUGGCUGGUCUAGGUGUAAGCGUUUCUAUGGCAUACCAUAUUCUAAGCAAAGGGUGCAUCUUGUAAGAAAAAAGUUUUUCAUAUUUUUUCAGCAAGUUUGAAAAGGAUAAAAAAAAAAAAGAUACAAGAUUUGAGAAAAAGAUGAAUGAAUGCAUAGAUCUGUUGAAAUAUUGAGAGUGCUGUCUAGUUAUAAAGGAUUUUCUUCACUAAUUACCUCUGUAAAAUUUUAAAAGAAUUACUUUUUAUUAUAAUACAGUAUAUCUAAAAUUGUAACUUUAGUAAGUUCUGAUCUUAUAAAAAAUGCAUUAUAAAAAAUAAGAGGUAAAUCCAAUGAGAAAUGGUAAAUCUAUCUUAAUAUUUCUGUAUGUGGUUAUAAAAUUAAUUCCUGGAAAUUUCAAUGACUUUUUCUAAAUGAAUAAAAUGUUACUUCUCUACCUUU